AUCAACAUCUCUGUUGCUAAUAACAACACACUCUUGUUUACAAAUUUAUUGACAUAAGAAAAUUAGUAUACUUUUGUACUUGUGUUCGUAAUCCCCACAAAUUCCGGCUUCGCAAAAUUUAUCGGCCAGCGCCCACUGGCCAAAUAAAAAAUUGCAAAAGAUCGAGUAACCACUUACGACAGUCAACUAAUUGCGCGAAAUGUUCAAAAACACGUUUCAAUCGGGAUUUUUGUCAAUACUUUAUAGCAUUGGUUCCAAGCCAUUGCAGCUUUGGGACAAGAAAGUACGAAACGGGCAUAUUAAACGCAUUACUGAUAAUGACAUACAGAGUCUGGUUCUCGAAAUAGUUGGAACCAAUGUGAGCACCACGUUUAUAACAUGUCCGGCUGAUCCAAAGAAGACGCUGGGCAUUAAGUUACCAUUUCUGGUAAUGAUCAUCAAGAACAUGAAAAAGUACUUUACAUUCGAAGUACAGGUUCUUGACGAUAAAAAUGUGCGACGCCGGUUUCGCGCUAGCAAUUACCAAUCUACCACUCGGGUGAAGCCGUUUAUAUGCACAAUGCCUAUGCGCUUGGAUGAGGGUUGGAAUCAGAUACAAUUCAAUUUGUCAGACUUUACACGUCGUGCCUACGGCACCAACUAUGUUGAAACACUGCGGGUGCAGAUUCACGCAAACUGUCGAAUACGUCGUGUAUAUUUCUCGGAUCGACUUUAUUCAGAGGACGAACUGCCUCCGGAAUUUAAAUUAUUUUUGCCGAUACAAAAGCCAGUUCAAAAGUCAACAGCCAUUUGCAGUUAACCAUUUAGCCGUCGAUCUAAUGAAAUAUAUGCUCACAUAUUCAACUAUAGUACAUAGCCAACCAAGAGUCAGCGAAUAUUCAACUUUUAACAAUCACUUUAAUACAAAAAUUUUCAUGCAA